CAUAGAUUUAUAGAUAGAUUUAUACAUCGACUGUAUAAAUCAAGAUCCAGACCAGAGGCGAAGGGAACACAACUGUGUGCAGGCAACAUGACCUCGUUAACCUGGAGACUGCUUUGUUUCAUUUGCCUCCUGGCGCCUGGAACUGUGGGAACUUCCACACAGUUUGGGUCACGCAGCCGGCAGAUCCACUCAAUACGUCCUUCAAUCCCACGAGUAUCCUUGCAGGUCUCUCCAAGAGUCCAUCAGCGCUUUGAAGAGAUCAAAUCUAUUGAACCGAGAUUUGAAGAAGAUCCGAUUGCUGAAAGUUUCCUAGAGGUCCAGCAGCCGGGUGCUCAGUCAGCACGAAGGUCCCAGCAGCAGCAGGGGGCCCGGGCCGGGGCCAACAGCUACCUGCAGGAGAGACAGGGAGCAGACAAUGGAGCAACAAGUUCCAACUGCAAAAAUCGUCCUAUAGACCUGGUCUUCAUUAUAGACAGCUCCCGCAGUGUACGCCCUUCUGAGUUUGAAAAGGCCAAGGAGUUCCUGCAACACAUGGUGGAGAGCAUGGCGAUCGGCUCAGAUGCCACACGAGUCGGCCUUGUCAAUUAUGCCAGCACGGUGAAGAUCGAGUUUCUUCUGAAGACGUAUUUUUCGAAGUCAGCCAUGAAGCAGGCACUGGCACAAGUCGAGCCUCUCGCUUCAGGCACCAUGACAGGAUUAGCCAUCAAGACUACCAUGGAGAAAGCUUUCACUGUGGAAGCAGGAGCCCGAACUGGCUCCGCGAACAUCGCCAAAGUAGCCAUUAUCGUGACGGAUGGGAGGCCCCAGGAUAAGGUGGAGGAAAUAUCAGCCGCAGCUCGGGCAUCUGGGAUUGAGAUCUAUGCAGUGGGAGUAGACAGAGCCGAUAUGAUGUCCCUGCGCCUCAUGGCUAGCCAGCCACACGAUGACCAUGUAUUCUACGUGGAGACCUAUGGUGUCAUUGAGAAGCUCACUUUAAAAUUUAGGGAAACCUUGUGUGGUAAGGAUGAUAAUGAUGGGAGUGCGGAUAUACCAGUAGAUGACCUAAUUGAUGAUUAUGGACUAGGUGGCAGGAAAGACGGUAAAGGAAACAAGGGUUUGGAUGCAUGUGCUCAGGGAAACAAUUGCCAACAUCUGUGUGUCAACAAUGGCAACUCGUACAACUGCAAGUGUCGCGAGGGCUACGUCUUGAACCCGGACAAGAAAACAUGCGCACAUAUGGAUUCAUGUUCCCAAAGACAUGACUGCGAACACAUUUGUGUCAGCACUGAUGAUUCCUACAUCUGCAAAUGUGAAAUGGGAUAUAUUUUGAAUGCAGACCAGAAAACAUGUUCACGUUCUGAUCCAUGUGCUAAUGGUCAUGAUUGCCAGCACUUAUGUGUAAACAGUGAUAAGUCAUAUAUCUGCAUGUGUCUGGUGGGAUAUGUCUUGAAUCCAGACAAGAAAACAUGCUCACGUUCAGACACAUGUGCCCAGGGACAUGACUGCCAGCAUGUUUGUGUCAGCACUGAUGACUCGUUUGUCUGCAAGUGUCGAAUGGGAUAUGUGUUGAACGCAGACCAGAAAACAUGCUCACGUUUAGAUACUUGUACCCAAGGACAUGACUGCCAACAUAUUUGCAUUAACAAUGGUUCAUCGUACAUCUGCAAAUGUCAAGUGAGAUACGUGUUGAAUGCAGAUCAGAAAACAUGCUCACGUUCUGAUGCAUGUACCCAGGGACAUGAGUGCCAACAUAUUUGUUUGAAAAAUGGCGAUUCUUACUAUUGCAUGUGUCAUGAGGGAUAUGUGUUGAACGCAGACCAGAACACCUGCUCACGUUCGAAUACAUGUGCCCAGGGACAUGACUGCCAGCAUAUUUGUGUCAAAAAUGGUGAUUCUCACCUUUGCACAUGUCAUGAUGGAUAUGUUUUGAAUGGGGACCAGAAAACGUGCUCAAGUUCUGAUCCAUGUGCUAAUGGUCAUGAUUGCCAGCACUUAUGUGUAAACAGUGAUAAGUCAUAUAUCUGCAUGUGUCUGGUGGGAUAUGUCUUGAAUCCAGACAAGAAAACAUGCUCACGUUCAGACACAUGUGCCCAGGGACAUGACUGCCAACAUGUUUGUGUCAGCACUGAUGACUCGUUUGUCUGCAAGUGUCGAAUGGGAUAUGUGUUGAACGCAGACCAGAAAACAUGCUCACGUUCAUCUUCGGAUGCAUGUCCCCAGGGACACAAUUGCCAGCACAUUUGUGCCAAAAAUGGGAACUCUUACAUCUGCAAGUGUCGGGUUGGGUACAUCUUGAACAUGGAUCAGAAAACAUGCUCACGUUCAGAUGCAUGUGCUCAGGGGCAUGACUGCCAGCAGAUCUGCAUCAACAAUGGUUCCUCUUACAACUGCAAGUGUGAAGUGGGAUACGUAAUGAAUUCUGACCAGAAAACAUGCUCACAGGAAAUGAGAGGUGAGAUAACUCAAGAUGCCUGCAUGUGUGAAGCUCAGAUUUUGUUCCAGAAAAAAGUGCAGUCCACCAUUCAGGAGCUGAGCAGAAAACUUGAUGAACUUUCAGACAAAGUAACCCUGAUUGAGGGCGAGCAGCAGUAUUGAGAACAGCGGUGAAGACAUGUUCAAGACUAGCAAUGAAUCCAAUAAUUUUUAACCUGCAGAAAUCCUCUGUAACCCUUACAAAAUGUCUUAAGAUGCUUUAUAUUAUAAACAUUUAUUUUGCAUUCACAAUGCUGUCUGGUUCUACUUCUGUAAAGUAUGUCAUAACUGGUGUAAAUGUUUAAAUAUCCAUGUAUAUUUUUGAGAAAGCUACAAUUCCUCAUGGCAGUGUAAGCCAGUGAGUUGAGACUUAAACCAAGAUAUUUAGGGAAGUAAUAGUUUAAAGUUUCCUUUCAUUAUGAAUAGUAGGAUGGUGUUUUUUGUUGAAAUGUUUAGUGUGGUGUAUCAACUCCUCUGAGAAAAUGUCUUGGUAGAACAAACUAUAAUGUUAACACAACAACUAAUCUCUCAUACAACAAGAGUAUUGUUGUUACCCCUCUGAUUGCAGCAUUAUUAUACAAAGAAUAAAUCCUUAUCCAAUUGGAUCGUGGCAUUGUUAGAUCACAUUAAAUUACUAAAAUACUUUUCGUAGAACCUGAAAUGUUGCAACUAUUGUGCGGUGUUAAUUGGUUAUUAGUGUUUUGUUUGUAACAGACAGGAUUAAUUGUUUAAUGGGGAGACGGAACACUGUUCAUGGAGUUCAAAUGUUUUCUGGCUGCUUCAAAACUUUGCACCCUUGACAAGUUGGCAGUGAGCUGUCCUGGAGAUUUAAGUCAAGCUCCAUUUCACAUCCAACUAAAAGAUUAAUUCACUGCUCAAUUUCUUCAUCAUAAAAACAUGUGAAACAAAUUGAAGAGAUUAUUUGUGUAGCAAGCCACUUUGUGUACAUUGACAGUUAGGUAUGUUAUGGUGUUUUUGUGACAACAUGUCUAUAUAAGUGCCUGCACAUGGAAAUUAAAUAUUCUGAAAUAAUCGACCCCGUAA